AUGCGAGGGCCGUGCAAACAUGCGGCAGCCGCCCGCCAGCGCGGCCGUCCUGAUCUCAGCGGCAAAGAGGGGAGGCCGGCCACAGUUUCCUUCAGCGCCCAGGAUGCAUCGGGCGAAGAUAGCAGCGACAGUGAGCUGGAGCUGUCCACAGUGCGCCACCAGCCGGAGGGACUGGACCAGCUGCAGGCACAGACCAAGUUCACCAAGAAGGAGCUACAGUCCCUCUACAGGGGCUUCAAGAACGAGUGUCCCACGGGCCUGGUGGAUGAAGACACCUUCAAACUCAUUUACUCCCAGUUCUUCCCUCAGGGAGAUGCCACCACUUAUGCACACUUCCUCUUCAACGCCUUUGACGCCGAUGGGAAUGGGGCCAUCCGCUUUGAGGACUUUGUGGUCGGCCUCUCCAUCCUCCUGCGAGGAACAGUCCACGAGAAGCUCAAGUGGGCCUUUAACCUCUACGACAUCAACAAGGACGGCUACAUCACCAAAGAGGAGAUGCUGGCCAUUAUGAAGUCCAUCUAUGACAUGAUGGGCCGCCACACCUACCCUAUCCUGCGGGAGGACGCGCCUCUGGAGCAUGUGGAGAGGUUCUUCCAGAAAAUGGACCGGAAUCAGGACGGGGUGGUGACCAUUGAUGAGUUCCUGGAGACCUGUCAGAAGGAUGAGAACAUCAUGAGCUCCAUGCAGCUGUUUGAGAACGUCAUCUAGGACAUGUUAGUGGGGAGGGGUCCUUGAGUGGCCACCACCACCUCUGCCCCCAGAGAAAUCUCAAUCCUGCAGGAGCAGCCUCCAUGAGAAACUUUUUUUCUAAUAUAUUUGCAAAAAGCGAACAGUUUGCUCUAGACACACACACACACAUACACACACACACACACACACACAGAGCCCAUUCCUUUGGGCUGGUAGAGGGGGUGCAGAGGUCAGGGAGGGGCUGAGUCCGGCUGGGAGCUGGAUCCAGGCGAUGAGAGCUAUACUACCCGGCCAGCCCCCGACCAGCUCCCGGCCAGCAGUGGAGUGGGGCUGCCUCUGGAGUGGGUGCUGAAAGAGCCGUGUGUGCAGGCUGCUGGCCAUGGGGUGCUGCCAGGAAAGCGCUCGAGAUCCCCUACAGGAGAGGGUCCAGUCUCCAAAACAAAGGCCCCGCUGGUGUGAGUCCCCUCGCCCCUCCCUCCCGCCACCCUUCUUUCCCACCACACAUGGGCCAGGUUGUGGGGGCUGCUCUGGCCUUCUUGUCCCCCAGCUACUCCCCUGCCACCCAACUUCACUCCCAGAAAGCUCGUCACCACAGGACACUUGUGGGGCAGUGGGAUCAAGAGAGUUUGGACAAGGAAAGAGGUAGUAAUGGAGACAGCCUGCUGUUUCCUGGAAACACUUCCCUGGGGUCCCAGGAUGCCUGCCACUCCAUUGGCAAGCUCCGGUGGUAAGGGACCACUGGACUCUCUCCAUCCUUUCAAGCUCAGGGAUUGGGUUUCUUGGUGGAGAAUCUUAGGGGAACUGUCUGCCAAGUCCACUGAAAUGGAAGAAGCCUUACCUUGCCUCAGUCCUAGCUCAGUGGGAAUGAAGUAGGUGGGGCUGCCCAUACCCCUCUGGCCUAGAGCGUUCAACCCCAAGGUCAUAAUAGGUUCUAAGAAGAGGUCACAAGGAUCAGGGACUGGCAGCCUGGGAGCCCAGAUGGCAGAGCAGGCCUGAGAAGGGGCUUUUCCCUCCUUUCUUGUCAGCUCCUGUCUCCCUUGGCCCCCAGCUUGGAUGAGCUCCCCCCCACCACUUUCUGGUUAAGGUCCUAGAGCAAUGUGGCCAUCCCUCUAUACACAGGCUCACCCAACCCCAUACAAAAAGCACAAGCACCCAGAGCAGCUCAGGUUGCAGCUCACAAAGGGAGCCAAGGACACUGUUUUUCCAAGAUCGGGCCCUCCUAGAGGGCUGAGGCCUGGGUCACGGUGGCCCCCAAUAGAGGGAGCUCUGGAGAAGAAGCAUGGGGAUCCGUUCUGUGCCUCAGAGCCAUGUGGGCUCAAAGCCCAUCCCCAGCCCAGCCCAGCUCACCAACAUUCAAAAGCACAAAUCGUAGGGCUUCCCCUUGUCUGGGUUCUGCUCUGGGAUGGAGGCUGAGGUCAGCCUGAAGGCAGAGCCAAGAGUGAGGGCUGAGGGGCCUGAGGCUGAGUGGUAGGUCAACAGAAACCCCUAGGAAAGAGAGAGAGGCUGCUCUUAUCUGCCCAGGCCUCCCCAAGAAGGAACCCAGUCCCAGGUAGCGUGGGCCUGAGGAACAUUCCCAUACAAUACAUUCCACCGGCUGCCACCCCCUCUCUGCUCAGGCCUGGCCCAGGGGUGAGCAGGGCCCUCAAAGGAAAGGGGGAAUGGCGGAGGCCGUGGAGAUUGGCCUGGUUUGGCCAUGGGGACCCGUUGGCACCCACACACAGGUGGUCCUCUCCCUCGGAAUUGUACUGACACCCCAUCUCCAGUUUGACUGGGGGGGCGGGUCUUUCUUCCCUCCUCCAGGAGGGCAUCAGCUUUCCCUGGCUCAGGGAUCUUCUCCCCCUCUGCCCACCCCCAGCCCAAGCCCAGCCCUCCCAGCUGGCGUAGCUGUGCUUCUGAGGGGCCAAAGCCAUAGGAGAGGGUCACCACCAUGCCCUGCCCCUCUUGGCCUGGGGCCAGACUGGUUGCACGUCAAGCAGGAGGGGUCUGUCUCCCACCCUGGGAUGCAGACUGGCCGCAUGUCUGCAUGGCAGAAGCGUCUCCCUUGGGUGCAGCUUGGGAGGGUGGUUCCUGUUCUCAGCGCCCACCAAUAUUCAGUCCUGUAUAUUUUAAUAAAAUAAACUUGGCAAAGAAGAGG